AUGGUCCUCAAGAUUCGCCACGAUGCCCCUGCCUUUACGGCUGAGGCCGUCAUCAAUGGAGAGUUCAAGACUGUGUCAUUGUCGGACUACAAGGGCAAGUACGUUGUACUAUUCUUUUACCCGAUGGACUUUACGUUCGUGUGCCCAACGGAAAUCAUCGCGUUCAGUGAAAAAGCUGCAGAGUUUCGUAAACUCGGGUGCGAGGUGCUUGGCUGCAGCGUGGAUUCCAAGUUUUCGCACUUGGCGUGGAUCAACACGCCCCGGAAAAAGGGUGGUCUCGGUGAGCUCGACAUCCCUCUUAUCUCUGACUAUAACAAGGAGAUCGCGAAAGCCUAUGACGUCUUGAUUGACGUAGGUGAGGAUAUCGGUGCCACUUUUCGUGGUCUUUUCAUCAUUGAUGGAGAGGGCAAGUUGCGUCAAAGCACGGUGAACGACUGCCCCGUUGGUCGCAACGUGGACGAAAUUCUGCGUCUCGUGGAAGCGUUCCAGUUCACGGACGAGCACGGUGAAGUGUGUCCUGCUAACUGGAAAAAGGGAAGCAAGACGAUCAAGCCAACGGUGGCUGAAUCGAAAGAGUACUUUGAGGCAGCUCACUAA